AUGGGCAGCGCCGGCAACUUCAUGGUCGGAAUGGACGAGGGCGUUUCGGGCAUCUUCUCACAAUGGAACGUCUACACGACAGCGCUGGCGGGCCUCCUCGCGGCGGGCGUCACAUACCGCGUCGCCACGUCGGUGGAGCCCGACACGCACCCUUUGCGGCUGGCCCGGCAGGCGCUCCCGAACCUCGUCCGGCAAGAGGGCGAGAGCGCGCUGUAUAGGUCCUCGGACCUCGGGGGCGGAGAGCUCCGCACGGGACUGGACGUGCGGCGCAAGGGAGCCUCCAAGUGGUCCAAGGGGAGCGACGGUGACCUGCGGGACGUUUGGCGCCAGGUCGUCCAGGGCGCCGAGGAGAGGGAGGGCGUCAAGGCUGGUGCGAGGGGCAAGCUGCUGACGGUGCAUGGAUCUCGAAACGUCACCGAGCACAAGAUUGACGAGAUCACCAGGUCGAUCAACCUCAUCGGGCAGCACAUCUCCCAACAAGGCGGCAUCCGCGUCGCCAUCUACCUUCCCAACAGCAUCGAGCUCCUCGUGACCCUGUUCGCCUGUUCCUUCUACCCGAACCUCACCACCAUCCUUAUCCCCUUUGGCGCCUCGACCGAUGAGCUGAUUACGAUGCUCCGCCGCUCCGCCGCUGACACCGCAUACCCUUCGCUGCGGAACCUCAUCUGGGUCCUCGACGCGGGCUCCUCCCACAUGGAUUGGAACGAGGUGCCCGAGGGCAUGGGCGGCAGCGUCAAUGUCGCCACGUGGCAGGAGAUCAUCGACGACAGCCCCCUCCAGGCGGGCCUAGAGCUCCCCGAGGACACUGCGGAGGCGGGCCCCGUCGUGGUCUUUUGGCAAGGGAAGCCCGGGACGCUAGAGGAGAUGAUCAAGUUUACGCAGAAGAACGUGGUCGCCGGCGUGGGCGCCAUUCUCAGCAGUCUCCCGACCAAGGAACGGAUGGGGCCCGAGGACGUCCUCCUCGCCGCCGACUCCCUGGCCAACAUGUACUCUCUCGUGGUGACGCUGGCGGGCCUCUUCUCCAACGCCACCGUCGCCUUCAACUCGGUCGCCGGCCGCUCCACCGACCUGGUCCUGGCGACGCAGGGCAUCUCACCCACCAUCCUCGUCGCAGCCCCGGAGACGCUGGCGCGCGUGCACGAGGAGUCGACGUCCAAGGUGUCGUCGGCCCUGCAGUCGGCAGCCCUGCGCUCGCAGCUCCGCACCCUGAGCGACAAGGGCGCGUUCCCGUCGCCGCAGUCCUUUUGGGGCAGCUUCCUAGCCCCCGCGCGGCCCGUGCUCGGAGCGGUCGCGCCGUCCAAGCUCCGCGUCGUGUUCGUGGCCGAGCGGGUCAACGGCGGGGCCCCGGCGCUGUCGUCGAGGCAGCUCGCGGAGCUCAGGGUAUUUUUGGGCGCGCGCGUCGUGUACGCGCUCACGGCGGGCGGGGUGGCGGGCCCGGUGGCGCAGACGUGGUUCCACGACUACCGCAUCUUGGAGGAAGGACCGUACUCGCAUUUCGGACCGCCUAGUGUGGCGGUGGAGGUGUUUUUGAGGGAUAACGGCGAGUACAAGACCACGGAUGACAAGACUGAAGGCGAGAUUGUUGCUCGAGGACCGAGCGUUGCGCGCGGUGAGCUUCCUUUGGGAGUGAAUGGAAGGAUUAGGGACGACAACACGUUGGCGUAUGUCUAG